CUUCCCCAGGCUUGCAGUGCCCGGACCUCCUGGAUUGCAGCAACCAGGCAGCCAGAGGCCUGGCUCCCCCAGGCGGGAGGAUCGCUGUUUCAAAGAGGGACAUCUGGCACAACCUCCGGCUCUAGUGUCCUAACACUUCCGCACGUGCCUCUCUUCCUGGCUUUGGUAGUAGGUCUGCCUCUUGUAAGCCUCUGCCUUCCUCAACUGACCUCUCCAUGAUGGAGGGUCCCCAGACAGGAUUUAUGAAUUAAAUUUGUAUGUUGUUGCUGCUGCUGUUGUUUUGUUUUUAAGAAAAAAGCCAGCCACGCGUGGUGGCGCAAGUCUUUAAUAGUAGCACUUGGGAGGCAGAGGCAAGCAAUCUAAGUUCAAGGCCAGCCUGGUCUACACAGUAAGACCCUGUCUCAAAACCAAAACAACAACAAAACCCCAGGCAAAAGCCAACUCUAAUUGAAUCCACAACAAGGGGGUGAGGGGAUCACUAUCUGCAAAAUAAAGUGACUCUGGUUUCUGCCACAGACUCUCCACCAAGGGCAAGCUUCUUCUUAGUUUUUUGUUUUUGUUUGGUUUUUGGUUUUCUUGGAGGUUUUCCCCACGGGGAUUCCUCACCCAGGAGCUGCCAGUUCACGUGGAUGCAGGACGAAAGCUGCCUUGUUACACCCGGGUUGCAGGGGAAGGGACCGGGCAGGCGGGGGAGCGCAACCGCUCAGUCCAGCUCCGACAUCUGUUUCUCAUCUCCGAGUGCUGUAGAGAGGGGAAGAAAGUCUUUAGCAAAGGGUGGGAAAGGCACAGAUUUUUUUUUUUAAUCACACGCACACACAAUAAGAAAACUAAACCAAAUUUUAAAAAAUAGACAAGACGUCUGAGCAGGUUGCAGUGAACGCUUCGCGCGCUGCAGCCCCUGCCCCGGGCGGGCUGCGCGCGUGGGGUCCGGUCUGCUGGCGGGAGCAGCCCGCGCGGCCCCGAGGGCGGAGGCGGAGCGGGGGCGGAGGCAGGGCGGGCGGGGGCGCGGCGCCCUGCGAGCUGGCAGAGCGGAGGGAGGCGGGGAGCGCGCUUGUCAGGUUCCCUCUCGCCCCGGGGGCAUCCAGCAGAGCCCGGCUAGGAAAUCCGCGGGGAAAUGGCAAACAGGAUUGACGGGUUUCUCGCGCUCCUCGCCAGACACAGCGGCUCAUUUCCAUAACCGUCUGCGGCGGCGGCGGCGGCGGCGGCGGGACCUGCGGGGACCUCGGCCGCCGCGCACCGGGCCACGCCAACAGGGCCCGGGAGGCGCGUGGGCAGCGGCGGCCGCGCGGAGGACGGCGGCGGCUGGAGCGCGGGGCGCGCGUGUUUUGACUGGAGGCAGAUCCAGUUCAGGCCGAUCAGGGCUGUGGAAACAACUACCAAGUGUCUGUCUGCUUCACCCCGGGAGGAGAGAGUGUGGCCAAGGAGCUGGGAAGAGAAGAGCGCUGGGAGGACCCUAGGGACUUCUGUCUUGCCCCCGCCCCCCACUGAUCUAAGGCUGUCAGAGAUGACGCUGGUUCUGUCCAUGAAUAGAUUCUGCGAGCCCAUUGUCUCAGAAGGAGCUGCUGAAAUCGCCGGGUACCAGACGCUAUGGGAGGCUGACAGCUACCGAGGUGCAAGCCCCCCAGGGCCAGCACAGGUUCCUUUACAGACAGACCGAGCAGCCAGCCCACAACUGGCAGGAUCGCCCUACAGGGGAAUUCCAAGUCCUAUCGGCGCAUCCAAGGUCACAUACUUCAAGAGGAAGUACUCCCCAGAGGAGGAUCUUCACCCCCCCCUCAGCAGCUGCAGCCAUACAACCAUCUCUGUUUUUGAAGAGCGAGCCCACAUCCUUUAUAUGUCCCUGGAGAAGCUCAGGUUCAUCGAUGACCCGGAAGUGUACCUGCGGAGAUCCGUCCUCAUUAACAACCUGAUGAAGAGGAUCCACGGGGAAAUCCUCAUGCAGAACAGCUGGUGCCUCCCUGCCUGCUCCCUCGGCGGCACCUCCGCCCAAGAGUGGUUCCUGGCCCAAGACUGUCCUUACCGGAAACGGCCCCGGGUGGCCAAAGAGGAGUGGGAGAAAGUCCACACUUGCUGUUUGUACCAAGAGUGUGGCGGCCACUGCCUGAAUCUACCCCUUUCUGUCAAUGUUGGUGUUGGAAGCAAUUCUGCUGCUGCCCCGGCUGCAUCUCCCUCCGCCCCCCCAUCCUCCUCCUCCUCCUCCCCAUCUGCCUCCUCCUCAUCCUCCUCUUCCUCCUCCCCUCUGCCAUUGCCCAGCUGUUCCCACCAUGUGGACUUUGAUAUAGGCAGCGCCCCCAUCUACAAGAGCGACGGCCAAAUACCUGCCAAUGAAAUUUUCGUCACUAACAUUAGGUCACUUGGUGUCCAGGAAAAGUCCAAGUUCAGCGAUGGGAAAGUAAGUCACGAUGCCAGCAGAGACAGUGACGCCCUUGGCCAAGAACCUCUGGGGAGCGACCUUGACUUUGAGUGCAAAGGCCAAUUCUAUGACUAUUUUGAGACUGGGUAUAAUGAGAAAAGCCAUGUGAGUGAGUCUUGGAAGAAGUCUUUGAGGAAAAAGGAGCUUUCCCCAGGCACCAAACUAUGCUGCAGCAAAGGAAGUAAGAUGUGACCGUCCUCCCGCCGGCACGCGCAAGGACGCGCAGCAUGACUAACUUCUGUCUCGAAUGGAUUCUGUAGUUUUGUACAACUGAUAACAGUGUGCAGUGAACACUCUCUGUUGUCUCACUGCCUGGAGAGCAGACUGCACAAACAUCUGUACAGUAGGCAUCCCAAGCCGCCUGUUAAUGUGAUUUUCCAAGGAAAGCCAAUUUUGUGUUUGAAAGUGUAUUAGUUUCCUUUUUAAAAAAAUUAGUAGAUUAGGUUGAGGACGACAUGCCCUUGUUAUAGUCCCACUGCCCCUCCAAGAAGCCCACCCCUAGCCAAGUUCAACAUGUUUGCCGGUUAAGUGGGUAGUUAUUGGCAAACAAAUCAAUAUAACAGCAGAGUUGUCUGCUUCUUCCAUAGAUACAGCAUUUCCUUCUGAGUGAAAGGCUGAAGACAGGAAGAUAGAUGAAGGGUUUCAUGAGUUGUGACGUGUUUGUAUUGGACAGUGAGACAAAAUGAAACAUACCUGGUGGGCAGCAGUGUAGGAAUUGUGGAGACUGUACCCUGCGAGCUCCUCGCUUCCCUGUGCGGGGUAAUGGGUGACUAGAGAGGUGUAUGGGGCCAUCUCUGAUGGGCUCUGUAGGGAGGAGGUGGACACGGCCGUCUCAGAUGGGCUCUGUAGGGAGGAGGUGGACACGGCCAUCUCUGAUGGGCUCUGUAGGGGGGAGGUAGACACGGCCGUUUCUGAUGGGCUCUGUAGGGAAGAGGUGGACACGGCCGUCUCUGAUGGGCCCUGUAAGGAGGAGGUGGACACGGCCAUCUCUGAUGGACUCUGUAGUGGGGAGGUGGACACGGCCAUCUCUGAUGGACUCUGUAGGGAGGAGGUGGACACGGCUGUCUCUGAUGGACUCUGUGGGAGGAGGUGGACACGGCCAUCUCUGAUGGACUUGUUAGGUAGGAGGUGGACACGGCCGUCUCUGAUGGACUCUGUAGGGAGGAGGUGGACACGGCCGUCUCUGAUGGACUUGUUAGGGAGGAGGUGGACACGGCCGUGUCUGAUGGGCUCUGUAGGGGGGAGGUGUAUAUGGCCGUCUCUGAUGGACUCUGUAGGGAGGAGGUGGACACGGCCGUCUCUGAUGGACUCUGUAGUGGGGAGGUGGACACGGCCGUCUCUGAUGGACUCUGUAGGGAGGAGGUGGACACGGCCGUCUCUGAUGGGCCCUGUAGGGAGGAGGUGGACACGGCCAUCUCUGAUGGACUCUGUAGGGAGGAGGUAGACAUGGCCGUUUCUGAUGGGCUCUGUAGGGAGGAGGUGGACAGGACCGUCUCUGAUGGGCCCUGUAGGGAGGAGGUGGACACGGCCGUCUCUGAUGGACUCUGUAGGGGGGAGGUGUAUAUGGCCGUCUCUGAUGGACUCUGUAGGGAGGAGGUGGACACAGCCGUCUUUGACCGGGCCGGCCGUCUUGAUGUCAUGACAAGGAAAGUGGUGUACAGGGCGAUCUUGGGUGCCUUACUUAUCUUAAUUUUUGCCAAUGUGAAAAUUAAGGAUAAAUCAGAGUUACAGCAGGGAUUUAACAAAUAGUAAAAAAAACACACAGGGUGGAUCCAUGCGGUUUGGAAACUUAACUUUGAACUAUUGCGUUCAACUUUUGAUUCACCAUCCUCUUCUUCCUUUGUUUUUAACGCCCAGUGGCUGUGGGACAGCCAUGGGAAGAGUGGAAGCGCCUAGGCUCUUCCAUGGAAACAUACCGUCGUUGGGUCUGGGCUUUGGGCUGUUCUGUUUCCUUGUCCAGUGACGUACACGGCCCGUGGCAUGCGUUCUGUGCGUCACACUUUGACCUGUUUUGCAUCAUUUCAUGAGUUUAGACUCCUAAGAGCAUGUGGUUUCUAUAUAUGACUUUUGCUGUUGAUUGAGAAGCACAAUGUUAAUAGAUGACGUGGUGAUCAAUACGUUUUUAUCUUAAAGAAUGUAAAGACUGUAGGUUGUGAAACGUUAUUUUGGAGAAAUGGGACUCUCCCGUCAUUGUUACCUGGGUAUUUGGCCAACACACUGCUCAAACAAGACCUUGGAUUUGCACAUUGCCGUGUGUCCUCAGCGGUUCUCUGGCCCAGUCCGGCCAGCUCCUCCUCGUAAAACGUAUUCCCAUUUCCAAGGCCAAGCACUGGCCUACUUGACUUGGGCUUUCUAAAAACUAUUGUUCGCAGCAACCAAAUGCCAAAUGGAGGAGAUAGGUAAGUCCUCCCGGUUUCUCCAAGAUGAAGCUUUUUUAAUUAUUGCUAUUAAUAUUAAAUAGGUCUCAUUCAUACAGUGUAUGAGUAGAUCAUUUUGGAAAUUGUCCGCAAGGACCAAUUUUUAAAUCAUGUUCCUGUGUUAUGGCUAAAUAGUCUAGUAAUGUUUUGUCCCUUAUUUUCAAUAUUUGAUGAACAUUUCGGUGUUGAAAUUUUAGGUGAUAGUUGCUAGUAUAUGACUGUGUUGUAAUAAAAGUGAGGUUUUUCUUGAUAUAUAUUUAUUAAAAUGAUCAA